AUGGCGCCUCACAAGCCUUUGCUUGAGGAUGAGGACCGGCAGGCAUCAUAUUGCAAUUUGACAGUUCCAGUUGAGGCUAUUUGGAUGGUAUGCAUCACGGUCUUCAUUGACUCGUUGGGCGGUUCAAUCUCUGCGCCUGUCAUGCCCUUCUAUGCCAGAGAGUUCAACGCAUCCAGCAGCACAAUAGGCCUGCUGUUCAGUACCUAUUCUUUGGCGCAAGUAAUUGCUUUACCCUUGCUGGGGCGCUUGUCAGAUCAUAUUGGCCGGCGGCCUGUGUUGGUGCUGUCCCUUUUUGGUGCAGCAGCUGGUGCCUUCCUACAAGGCUUGGCGCCAAACCUUAGUGUUCUUUUCCUUGGCCGUGUCGUCAGCGGCUUUUGCGGCGCUAUAGGCAGCACGGCAAAUGUCUACAUUUGUGAUGUUGCUUCCGAAGAGUGUCGCCCAGAGUACUUGGGAUACCUUAUGAGCAGCAACGGCUUGGCAUUUGCAUUCGGACCAGGACUGGGCGGAGGACUCUCAAAGCUGGGUCGGAAUGUGCCCAUCAUGGUGAAUGGUGCUUUGUGCAUGACGGCUGGGAUUCUGACUUUGGUUUAUCUUCCAGAGAGCCCUGCAUGGGCCAACAUCCAACGGACACAUGCCAAAGUGGCGGCUGCCGAAGCGCAAGGAUCUUGCAGAGUUUUCCAGACCUUCUCCCUCAGCGUGUGGUUCGUGUGUGCUGCAGAGUUCCUCCGUGGCAUCUCCUUCUCUGCCAUUUUUGCGAUCUUUGCGCUGUUUGCCAACACUGUCUUCGGGCUUGAUUCUGUAUCCAUAGGCUUUGCAGUCUGCUCCGGGGCACUGUGCUUGAUUGGCACAAACAUUUGGAUAUGCCCCUACUUGGACACUCAUCUUGGCCACGUGGGGUGUGCUACACUUGGCAUGGCAUUGAUAGCGUUUGGCGAGGUGAUCCUAGCCUACUCCCCCAUCUUGAAGCUGGCCCUCUUCGGUAUGUGCGUCGUUUAUGUUGGUCAAGCCGUCGCAGGAUGUACCAUUGCCACAAUUACCUCGGUCUUGGCGACUGAUGAGAAUCGAGGAUGUGUGAUGUCCAUGCAGCAGAUGGCACAGGCUUUAGGCCGAGUCUUUGGGCCGAUGGUCCUCAGCAGCUUGUUUAGCAUGGAUCCCCACUACCCCUAUGCAUGUGCGGCGGCGGCAGCCAUGAUUGGGGGGCUCAGUUCUGAUGAGCUUGCAGCCUCAAACGCAUCACGCGCAUCUCAGGAACCCGUUAUCCCGAUUCCUUCGCCUGCUCCUUGGGCCAUGGAGGAUUUCACAGAGGAUGAUGUGGAUGACUUGGGCCGCUUCCUGUGUCAGCUUCUGACCAGCAGACACUACAGGUUUCGAGAUCCCGACAAGCGGGCUGCCCUGAAGAAGAAUUUGGAGCUGCUCUUUCCUCCCCUAAUGAACGACGAGAACUUCUCUGCCGAGUCCAGAGAAGAAGGCCCGAAGAACUUUGGCAGCCUCAACGGGCAGUCAGAUCCUUCAGCCUCAAUUUCUGUUGGCCAAUUUGUUGUGCGGAAAACUCCUGGUGGAGGGGGGCAAUCGCCGACGUUUCGCCGGCCAACGACGAACGCAGACCAUGCCGCAUGUGGCCACACAGCAUGCUUCAUGAAUGGGCGCUUUAGAUGGACUGGCGGCAAGGGAGAGUGGGAGAUGUUUUGCGACGUUGCCGGGCAGGUGGUGGUUGAAAGGCCAGUGGCUGGGCAAGGCGAAUUGCUUGGUGACCUUUCGGAUUUGGCACACCUGUGUGUGUGUGUGGUGACAAUCUUUGUAUCACACUCUCCGUCUGACUCCCUUCCUCCUUCUCUCCUUCUCUCACGCUUUUUUUCAUUGUUUCCGUCUGAAACGAGCAGAUCCCGAUGA